GCAAGUUAAGAGAACAAAGCUGCACUACAUCAGAAAUCGUCGUUUUCAUUUCGUACUCCUUAGGUCGAGCGCGCAGUAUUUUCCUCAGUAUUUCUGUAUCGGCUGCAGAGGCAUGGAUAGGCGUGUCGGUUUUCACGAAAAAAAGAUUAAAAUUGUUGACUCGACAGAAGUGAUCGUGUCGUGUUAGAUUCACAGUGCAGAAAGUAACUAGAAAUAAAUCUGAUGUCAUGAAUCCUGUGUUCGUAUGCAAUGAAAGCUCCGUUCCGUAAAGUGGAGUGGUAUCGAUUCUCGCGAGUUAUCACCUUCUGUCUCAAACUGAUUUCAUGAUCGGUUUGGAGGGACGCGUGGAGACAGUCGGUCUGUAGUCGACGAGAGAAUUGGUUAUCUGUUAUCUGAGUGACACUUUACAAAGCAUGAGGCUUACAAUGGACCAUAUGCCUGCAAUAUAUUGCUCCAAAAGAUUGUAUGACGUAAAAAUCCCCUCAGAUUGAUGUUGAUCAUUCACAAAAUGUAUAAUUCAAUCAAAUUGAUGGCUUAUGUUCACUUGCUCUGAAAAAUCAAUGCAGCUUGAAGAACCAAUGAGCUCCUUUCCCCGCACGCCGCAAAAUGAAAGAUACCCCGUGAGUAUACUUUACUAUGCCGUUAGUGGUUUCUUGAUUUACCUUUUCUUUGUUGAUUUUGUAUGAUAAAGCAACCGAUUCCAUGAAACUUGAUGUUGUGUAGCUGGGACAGCCUUUGACUAUACUCCAUCGCAUUCAAAGAUUCUUGCUAUUUUUAUUUUAUCAAAGGGAAUUUGAAUAAUUCAUCUAUAGCGGGCGGGGAACAGGUUCUGGUCAAUAUUACAAUAUCACUUCCGGGGGCGGGAGGCUGCUUUUGCGUAAAGCCUGGGCUGCCUUUCAUUGCGCUCUGGCUGCAAUUGUUGUGUAACAAAGGCCAUAUAAGUCACUAGCUCGAAUUUCCGCAGUUCAUGUGCAUUCUUUAAAGGUAGGAGCUCGUUUUUUGGCGGAAGCAAUCACAGAAAUGAAAAGUUACUUCUUGCUAGCGUUGCGCGAACUUUGAUCCUUGUUGUAUACUUCAACACGUACUUCAUUAUCUCAUUCUCAUGUGCAGUCGCUGAAUGAGUUGUGAGGCUGGCUUCAAGAGUUAUAAAUAUGUGUAAUUAGGACUGGUUAUACUAGAUUGUAUCAGCCUUCAUGUCAAACUCUGUUAGCGUGAAAUCGAAUCAAGGUUGUUUGUCAAGUAGCUGCUCAUGGAAUGCUUUCGGCAGACGUGCUAACCUGUUCACACUCGCUUUUUAUCUUGGGUUACGAGAGUUGUAUCGAGGUAUGCAUCCGUGCUACGUCGCCUAUCUAGGGUAAGUACAUCUACUUCUACGUCUACGACCUGGUUUCUGGAUUCGAUAGACCUAGAAGAUUUCAACUACAACUCAUAAUGUUUUUUUUUCAAUAAGUAAGCAGUUCUAUGGAGGUUUUUUUUUCAAGGCAGAACUUCGAGGAAAGGAAGACGAACAAAAGAUUAACAUCGUUGGGAAGAAGAUGUAUCCGUGGGGGUCCUCUGAGGUGCCUCCUGCUCAAAGGCGAGACUUUCUGGGACGUCUCUAUUACGAGAACCACUGUGAUAACUCAGCGGGCUGUGUGUUAAGCGAUUUUGCUUUGGUCGUCGUGCAAUUGUUGCUUGUCCGAAGAUUCCUCUCUUCGAAUGGUGUCUCCGCUCGAGAUGGGAGCCGGAACGCAGAUGACAAGCGCGCUGGUAACAAGUUUUUUACCUGCAGUAAGUAUUUUGAGUAGUUGAUAUCUAUUUCACUAAGUUAGAAGCUUUGCUUUUAUUCAUGGUCCAAUAACACGACUAGGAUCAAUUUGUGCAACAACAUGAAUACAUUCAGAAAUAAUUGCAACAACAUUUUAUCUCACUCAUAUCCUCUUCUCACAUGACGCAAUCGCGACACAAGACACUGCUGUGUAAGUCAGUACUUUUUCUUUCAACAAUCCUUCAGGUCCGGGGAGAACCGCUUUGCGGCUGUAUUCAUGGAGUUGGUACACCGUCUUGUGCUCGAAUUUUGCGGCUGGAUUGUACCACAUGAAUUGCACGGCAAAAGAACAAGCCGAUAAGCCGCUAGAUUUUGCCUUCUGGCUCGUGAGUGGCGUCCUUCUUGUUUGCAGCUGCGCUUUGCUCUUCCUGCUCUCUCUCCAUUUGGUUCGCCAUCGUACGCAAGUCGCGUCCAGUCGACGUGGUAGCGGUGUUUAUCGUGGUAGCGAGCUGAUGAAGCUGAAAACCGGUUGUUCAGAUCCUAACGUAGGCAGUCGGACUACAAAAGACGUAAAGAACGUAGACGACAACGGAGUAAGCCUCCUUGCACAGGAGCAAGAAGACGCACAAGCUGAAGUUUCGACGACAAGUGAGACAGAGGACGGUGGUAGUUGCACCACUGGAAGCACCACUGCUGCGGUAAAGAAUAAGCGCAGAGCAAGCGAAGGCACAGAAAGCGAGGCGUCCACGCGUGAGUCUAGGUCGGGAAGUACAACCGGCAACGACGAGUCCUCCUCCGACGACAAAUUCGGUCGUGCCGACUAUUCGGAUAAAAUUGUGACAUCCUCUGGUCGUGCGAAGAAUAUUGAAGAAGAUGAGGAUGAAGAGCGGUUUUUCAAUGAGAUCAAGUCAUCCCCAAGACCGCCGUUAGGUGGAGGUAGUGACGCCAAGAAAGCGGGGAGUCGAGGACGCAAGUGGCGAACGGGAACUUCCAAAAAGGAACAUCAUCAAGGCAGUUCUGUUGGAAAUGGCGUAACGACAGGGAGGAGAACUUCUUCUUGGUUCACCGCAUCCGAUAGGGAAGCACUACGACAUCCGAUUAGCAUUGCGAUCUUACUGCUGGCGACCACAAUGUCAGGCGUUCACAUGAUCUUCUCUCUCCACUUCAUUGUACUCGGCAUAACAUAUCUCCUUGCGUGGAUCAGCAUAGCAGCAGCGGUUGUAUGGUACCUUCUUGUUUUGAUGCGCAUCCCGUAUAGAAGUUUCUACUUAGGGAGGAACAUAUGCAUCUUUAGAUUAAGAUUCAUAAAAAACAAGUUUCUAAACAACUCCGAUUGCCGUCCCUUCCUGAUGUAUUUUGGAACAAUUCAUUCUAUCAAUCUGUUCCUCAUUGAUUUGUUUUGCUAGGUGUUGUCUGCGGCAGUGGUGUGAAGCUGGCGGAUGGAAUAAUAAGUCAUCUUCCGGGGUAUCCGGGGUCUCCUUUGGGCGGUCAGCGCUUGCCUUUGGUGUUGGAUGGGCUCUUGCGUUAGUAACGUUUGCAGUGUUUGUGAAGCUGGGUAGUACGUGUGACGAAUCCUGGAUUUACGACCGAAGCGCAUGCGCCUUAGAUCCGGUGAUGCCCCACAUCAAUCAUAACACACUUGCACACCUCAUAUUCUUGCUCGCAACACCCUUCCUGAUCGGCGGCGGCGGCCGAACCUUCGCUUCGUUGGUAUCCUCCUGAGAAGGCAGCCGCAGACCACCACGGCGGGUCCUGCGAAGACUUCCACGACGGGUCCUGCUACAGUGCUGCUACUUCGUAACCCGAAGAUCAUAAGUAAUGCUCGGCUUUUAGUAUCAACAGAAACAGCGGUCAACGCUGCGUGGUACAAGAACUGACGAUAAGCUACCUCACUUCUGGCUCAUCGCAGGACUGGAACUCAAUUUUGACCAUUCUGCUGCAUUACGGGAGGUUGGACGCUACAAAUAGUACUUCUGAUGUCAUGACAACCAGGCUAAAAUCUUCACCGCAUAGACGUAAGUAUCAUGAUGAUUCCUUUGCCCUCAAAUGAAGAUUUGUCGGCUUCUCCACCGUCGUGGAGCUGUGCUAGUGGUUGAGUACCACGCCACUUCUGUGGUUGCGUACCAUUGAUGUGGACAUCUUGAUGCUGACAAUUCGGGUUCUCGUGGAAGAUGUAUAAUUUUAGCCAUAAGACACCUAGUAUGUUUGCGCUUGGAGAAAAGCAUUGCUUUUAAA